CUAAGUACAAUACCAAAUAAUAGCCCGUCCUCCCCAACAACCCGCUACCUUUAACCUCAAACACUUUAAGACUCUACAACUAUAUUUCCAGACAAGUUGUACUGCAUUGCUUGUCUCUUUUCAAUCAAUUAGCUCUACAUUUUAUCACGAAAUAUCCUAAAAUCAUAAAUCUAAGAUGUCUACCUCUCUCGACCAGCUUAAGGCCUCUGGCACGGUCGUCGUUUGUGACUCUGGUGACUUUGCAACCAUCGGAAAGUACAAGCCGCAAGAUGCCACUACCAACCCGUCUCUCAUUCUUGCCGCGUCUAAGAAGCCCGAAUAUGCUAAGCUGAUCGACUCUGCUGUUGAAUACGCUAAGGGAAAGGGUGGUGAUAUUGACAGCCAAGUUGACGCCGCUCUUGACAGUCUCCUGGUUGAGUUUGGCAAGGAAAUCCUGAAGAUCAUUCCCGGCAAGGUCUCAACUGAGGUUGAUGCCCGCUUCUCCUUCGACACCAAGGCUUCAGUCGACAAGGCCCUUCACAUUAUUGAGCUCUACAAAGAGCAAGGUAUCUCCAAGGACCGCAUUCUGAUUAAGGUUGCCUCGACAUGGGAGGGUAUCAAGGCCGCCGAGAUCCUACAGCGUGACCACGGCAUUAACUGCAACCUGACACUCAUGUUCUCGCUUGUCCAGGCCAUCGCCGCCGCCGAAGCUGGUGCUUUCCUGAUCUCUCCCUUCGUUGGCCGUAUCCUCGACUGGUAUAAGGCUGCGACUAAGAAGGAAUACGCCAAGGAGGAAGACCCUGGUGUCAAGUCCGUCCAGGCUAUCUUCAACUACUACAAGAAGUACGGCUACAAGACCAUCGUCAUGGGUGCUUCUUUCCGAAACACCGGCGAGAUUACUGAACUAGCUGGCUGCGACUACCUUACCAUUUCCCCUAACCUACUUGAGGAGCUAUUAAACUCAAGCACAGCUGUCCCCAAGAAGCUCGACGCCUCGGCUGCCUCUGCGCUUGACAUCACCAAGAAGACUUAUAUUAGCGAUGAAGCUCUCUUCCGAUUCGACUUCAACGAAGAGCAAAUGGCUGUCGAGAAGCUGCGAGAAGGUAUCAGCAAAUUCGCUGCCGAUGCCGUCACCCUAAAGGACAUCAUCAAGAAGAAGAUCUCGGCAUAAAUUGUGAGGCCGAUAAAAAGGGAGCGGGAGUCAUUGUGCAUUGAGUAGCUAACUGCUUGCUCGGGAGUCUCUAGAAUGCAUGAGUUUUGAGCCUCUCGUUUCCGGGAUGUCAUUGGGACAUUAAUGGUAAAGGGUAUUCUUGGUAGAACAUCAAGGUUGGAAUGUUUCUACUGGGUGUCCAUAGUGAAAAUUAAAAUAUAGAUUUGAUAAAUGUUCAUGAUUGAUCUAUAUCACAUGAUGGUAUAUACCAAAGCGACGAAACAACAUG